UUUCUCCCCACAACACUGACAUCCCACUCCUGCUGACAAACAAACGAGCACCAUGCCCGGCGACAAGAAGAAGAAGGACAAGGACAAGAAGGACAAGAAAAAAGUUGACAAGUCACCAAGCAAGAGCAAGAAGCAGAAGAAGCGACCUCUGAAUGGGCUGGACUUGCUGACAGAGGCUUGCGUGUAUGUUGAGGAACAAGAGAGGUAUCAGUCUCGGCAAAAGCAAGAAGAGAAUCGUCCUGGAAGGCACUCGGCACGAACACGAGCUAUUCUGAAUGCUUGGUAUGAAGCGAACAUGGACAAGAACGGCCGUGCAUAUUUGUCUGAGGAGGAGAAGGUGCGGCUUGCGCACAUCUGCAACUUGAAGCCAAAGCAGGUGGCGACCUGGGUCAAUAACAGGCGCAAUCGCUGA